CUCAGGCCCCAGCCUCCAGCGGUCGCCGGCGCCGCCCGCACCGCGCCGGCCCCUCGCGCCUCACCUCCUCCACCUCCGAACCCCCCUGCCUGCCUCCCCUCGCCGGCAGGUUGCCCGUCGCAGCUCGGUCCCGCGCCCGCGCCACCAGAGACAGCACGGCGAGCACCAGAGCAGCCUACAAGGAGUUGGAACUCCGAAAUUUUCUGCUUUGCCAUUGCCACCGAAAGCCAUGCCGAUGUUGCAUCGAGUGCGGCCUCGCACGUAUGGCGGCGAGGACCGCCUUAGCGUGCUCCAUGAUGAUCUGAUCCUCCUCAUAGUAAGCAGGCUGGACACCCGAACAGUGCUUUUCAUGGCUGUCCUGGCCAGGCGAUGGGUUCGCAUCCCCCGCGAGCUGUCGGUGCUCGACUUCAGGGUGAGCGACAUACUCCCGCCGGAGUACGAACGGACCGUCGCCCUUCACCAGCGCAACUUGCCGCGUGACACCACUUUGGCCGGGACACUUGACGGUCUCAAGGCGCGAUACGAGAUUGACACAAUCAGGUCAUUCAUUCACCAACGGAAUCACGAGCUUGGAAGCAGACAAUGGCCAUGACCGGCGCGUGAAGACCCUCCGUCUUGAGUUUUUUCAUACAUACACUAGCAUCUGUGUGGACCGCCUGAUCAAUGUUGCGGUCGGCGCAUGGGGGGUGGAAGAUCUGGAGGUUGUCGUCAGGCAAUCGUCUGGUUAUGAUCCGACGCGGACAUACAGCUUCCCUCACAACUUCCUCAACUUCCGGUCUUGCCUUCGCACCCUGACGCUGGGCAAGUACUGUGCAUUGCCACCGCUGCAUAGCUACAACACGCUCACCAAGCUCAUCAUGCGUGACAUGUCUGCUUCCACGCCCGUUGCCAUGUAUGAGAUGGUGUUCAACGACUGCACCGGGCUGCAAGUGCUUCACCUCAUGUUCUGCUGCUGUGCACAUACCACUCUAGUGGUGGAUGCGCCGUGUUCACGUAUCAGGGAGCUCGUCCUCGAAGAGUGCUCGUUUUUUGUGAUCGAGCUGCGCGACCUCCCAAUGCUUGUCCGUCUGGCGUGCUGCCUAACCGACACUUCAAAGAUUCUAUUUGGCUCAGUUCCGAGCCUCAUGGACACUAACCUCUCAUUCUCUCUAGAGGAUGAUAGUAAAGUGGCGGCACGGUGGAUAGAUGAGUUCGACUCAUUCCUCGGUAUGUCCCCCACCAUGACGAACCUUGUCAUCCGAUUUAUUGGGCGGAGAACAUGGAUUCGGCCCAGUCAUCUAGAGAGGAAGUUGCCGCACCUGAAAAAGCUCCUUGUCGCUGACAUGCCUUCAAAUUGGGAUAUCUCAUGGACACGUGGCCUCCUCAUGGCCUCGACAUUUCUCGAAGUCCUGCACAUCCACGUGCCCCACUCAGAAACGGAGCCAGAUUGCCUGCGUGGGAUGAAUUGGUCGAAAUCACGCAAUGAGCUUCGGCACCAUCACCUCAAGGAGCUGGUCGUGAUUGGAUUCACGCAGUGUAACAUAUGGCUUCUGAAGUAUGUUGUGAGGGUGUGCACAUCGUUGCAACGCAUUGUUUUCUGAAGGAUGGCCAUGUUCUGUACAUCGGACUCUGGGAUUGGCGAAUGGUCGGGCAUCAAACAUGUCCAUGGAGCGAUGAUGAGAAAAUGGUGGUGAGAAGAAUGAUGAAAAAAUUUGGGCUCAGGCCUCUUCCUGAACUGAUCUUGGGAUGAUCUCUUUAUUUGCUCUGAUGUACACAUUGUUAUUGAACCUAGAGGGAUCUUGUGAUCGAUGGGAAAAUAUGUUUGUCCUCAGUUUAGUUUCACUCGAUCGAUGUCCAUUUUCCAGUUCUCAAACUAAAUAGUAGUAUAGUUUGUGGGAGUAGCACCAAGAGUAUGCCAACAUCCUUGGACGCCUGCAAUCUCAAGCUUAAAUGGUACGUGCAGGGCCAAGUAACUCCACAGCCACGUACUACAAACAUGCCUCAUCACAGGCACUCAGGGACUGCAGGCACCAGUUCAUAUCAUCCUGGUGCUGUGUAUGCUUAAUCUGAUGGCAACAUUCAUGAUCAUCA